UGGACAGCCCAAAACUCAGGAGGUUAAGAAGGAACUCACAGACAGGGACGUUUAGGAGGGUUUUGACAUUACUCUUACAAAACAUAAGGGGCAGUAAGUUGUACCAUGAAAGUCCAAGGCUUAUAUGCGUACUAUAUACAGCUCCAACAUAUGGUCCAUGUAGGACUUUGAAGCCAAUUCUUAGUAAGGUGAUUGACAAGUUUGAUCAAAAUGUACAUUUUGUUGAAACUGAUAUUGAGGACAAUCCGCAAAUAGCAGAAGCAGCUGGUAUUAUGGGUACCCCAUGUGUUCAAUUUUUCAAAAACAAGGAAAAUUUGAGGUUGUUUUUCUUCUAUACUCCUGGUGCUUGUCCAACUGUCAAAUCUGGUUCAAAGGGAAAGCGCCAUCGUUUGAUACUGACUAAAACCCUUGAGUGGACCUUAAAUUGGUGCAUACUACAGAGCAUGUUUGAUAGAACCCCGGUGGAGUUGGAAGGUUUGAGAAAAGCAAACAUUCGAGAUGGCGUUGCAGUGGUGCAAUAUCUUGUCUGGUUGGAUAAGCAGAUGCAGGAGAUAUAUGGGGUUUCUGGUUACUUCUUGGAGGGAGACGAAGUGACUAAGAAAAAACAAUUGUAAGUUCAUUUUUUGUUUUUUUGUUUUUUUUUUUUUUUUUUAGGUUGAUAUGCAACAUCUAACAUUUGAUUGAAAUACUAGUUGAGAUGUAUUGUAGCCUAAAUAUUGCCUGAAAGAGGAAUGUAAAAGGACAUAAACCGUAUCAGACAACUUGUUAGUACACAACUUGUGUAUAUUUCUAUGUGUCUGCAUGCAAUGCU